GGAGAAGAAGGAGGAGGAGGAGGAGGAGGAGGGCUGAAGCCGCCACCGCGGAGGAGGGACGGCGGGUUUCUCCCUGCCCGCGCAGCGCCGCGGAGGGAUGCGGAGGGAGGGGAGGCUGAGGCUGCCUGCGGGGCGGGCCGGCUGAGCGCAUCCCCGGGCGUGUGUGUGUGUGCGUGUGUGUGUGUGUGUGUGUGUGUGUGCGCGCUUCCUCCAUCCAUCCAUCCCUCCAUCCCUCCCUUCCUCCCUCCCUCCCUUCUCCCUCCCUCCCUCUCUUUCCCUCCCUCCCUCCCGCCCGCCCGCCCGCCGCCGCGCCGCAGCCGCGCACCGGGGCUCCGCCGCCCGCCCCGCCGCGAUGCCCCGCCGAUGCUGAGCCGGCCCCGGCGGCGCCCGCUCCUGCCCCCCGCCAGCUUGAGGACGUUUGGGACCUGUUCAGUGGAAGCGGCCAUGUCGCGAGCAACUCACCCACCCACCUUCCCACUGAGCUUCCAACUCCUGAGUGUUGUGCUGGUGUUGCUUUUCCAUGCAGACGGCAUACACGCGGAGAGCCCCAGCGAAUUGCCUGUGAACGACACCGAGGAGUGCACUGGCUCAUACAUCUGCAAAAAGGGUGUUAUUUUACCAAUAUGGGAACCCCAAGACCCCUCAUUUGGUGACAAAAUCGCUCGGGCAACAGUGUAUUUUGUAGCGAUGGUGUACAUGUUCCUGGGAGUAUCUAUCAUAGCUGACCGCUUCAUGUCCUCCAUCGAAGUCAUUACAUCCCAAGAGCGGGAAAUAACCAUCAAGAAGCCCAACGGCGAGACCAGCAAAACCACAGUGAGGAUCUGGAAUGAGACCGUUUCCAACCUCACACUGAUGGCCUUGGGCUCAUCUGCCCCCGAGAUCCUCCUGUCUGUUAUUGAAGUGUGUGGCCAUGGCUUCACGGCAGGGGACUUGGGGCCAAGCACAAUUGUGGGGAGUGCUGCGUUUAACAUGUUUGUCAUCAUUGCGAUCUGUGUUUACGUUGUUCCAGACGGCGAGAUAAGGAAGAUCAAGCACUUGAGAGUGUUUUUUGUUACAGCAGCCUGGAGCAUCUUUGCCUACACUUGGCUUUACAUUAUUUUAUCUGUAUCUUCUCCUGGGAUUGUGGAGGUUUGGGAAGGCUUGCUCACCUUCUUCUUCUUCCCUAUCUGUGUGGUGUUUGCCUGGAUAGCUGACAGGAGGCUUUUGUUUUACAAGUACGUCUACAAGAAAUACCGAGCUGGCAAGCAGAGAGGCAUGAUCAUUGAGCAUGAGGGUGACCGGCCCUCCUCCAAAGCUGAUAUCGAGAUGGAUGGAAAGGUUGCUAAUUCUCACGUAGAGAACUUUUUGGAUGGGACAUUGGUGUUGGAAGUGGAUGAGAAAGACCAGGACGAUGAGGAAGCCAGGAGGGAAAUGGCUCGGAUCCUGAAGGAGCUGAAACAAAAGCACCCCGACAAGGAAAUUGAACAGCUUAUAGAGUUGGCCAACUACCAGGUCCUGAGCCAGCAACAGAAGAGCAGGGCCUUUUACCGCAUUCAGGCCACUCGGCUCAUGACGGGAGCUGGCAACAUCUUGAAGAGACAUGCUGCAGACCAGGCCCGCAAAGCGGUCAGCAUGCAUGAGGUCAACAGUGAGGUGGCAGAAAAUGAUCCCAUCAGCAAGCUCUACUUUGAGCAGGGUACCUAUCAGUGUCUGGAGAACUGUGGCACUGUCGCCCUGACCAUCAUUCGACGGGGAGGUGACUUGACCAAUACAGUGUACGUUGACUUCCGGACAGAGGAUGGGACGGCCAAUGCUGGCUCUGACUAUGAGUUCACUGAAGGGACGGUGGUCUUCAAGCCUGGAGAGACCCAGAAGGAAAUUCGUGUUGGCAUAAUCGAUGAUGACAUAUUUGAGGAGGAUGAGAACUUCCUGGUCCAUCUCAGCAACGUCCGCGUGAGCACUGAGGCCUCAGAUGAGGGCAUUCUUGAGACCAGUCGUGCCUCAACACUUGCCUGCCUGGGAUCACCAUCUACCGCCACCGUCACCAUCUUUGAUGAUGACCAUGCUGGCAUCUUCACCUUUGAGGAGCCAGUAACGCACGUCAGUGAAAGUGUGGGGACCAUGGAAGUGAAAGUGUUGCGAACCUCUGGUGCACGAGGAAAUGUUAUUGUGCCCUACAAAACCAUUGAAGGCUCAGCCAAAGGUGGAGGAGAGGACUUUGAAGACACCUGUGGGGAGCUGGAGUUCCAGAACGAUGAGAUAGUCAAAACGAUAUCAAUCAAGGUGAUAGAUGAUGAGGAGUAUGAGAAAAACAAGACCUUCUACCUAGAGAUCGGGGAGCCCCGGCUGGUGGAGAUGAGUGAGAAGAAAGCCCUGUUGUUGAAUGAGCUUGGUGGCUUCACCAUCACAGGGAAACUCUGGAAGGGCAAACCCAUCUUCAGGAAGGUCCAGGCUAGAGAUCAUCCUCUUCCUUGCACCGUGGUCACCAUCCAAGAGGAGAAUGAAGAAAAGCAGCCACUGACCAGCAAGGAGGAGGAAGAGCGCCGAAUCGCGGAGAUGGGGCGCCCAGUCCUGGGGGAGCAUACGAAGCUCGAAAUCAUCAUUGAGGAGUCCUAUGAGUUCAAGAACACGGUGGACAAGCUCAUUAAGAAGACGAACCUGGCCCUGGUGGUUGGCACAAACAGCUGGAGGGAGCAGUUUAUUGAGGCUAUUACUGUCAGCGCGGGGGAAGACGACGAUGACGAUGAAUGUGGGGAGGAGAAGCUGCCCUCCUGCUUCGACUACGUGAUGCACUUUCUGACCGUCUUCUGGAAGGUCCUUUUUGCCUUCGUGCCCCCGACAGACUACUGGAAUGGCUGGGCUUGCUUCGUUGUCUCCAUCCUCAUGAUCGGCCUCCUGACAGCUUUCAUCGGCGACCUGGCAUCCCACUUUGGCUGCACCAUUGGCCUGAAGGACUCAGUCACUGCGGUCGUCUUUGUCGCAUUGGGGACAUCGGUGCCAGACACGUUUGCCAGCAAAGUAGCAGCGACGCAGGACCAGUACGCGGAUGCCUCCAUCGGGAACGUCACCGGGAGCAACGCCGUGAACGUUUUCCUGGGCAUUGGGGUGGCCUGGUCCAUCGCGGCCAUCUACCACGCAGCGCAUGGACAAGCCUUCCAAGUCUCACCCGGCACCCUGGCCUUCUCCGUCACCCUCUUCACCAUUUUUGCUUUUAUCAGCGUGGGCGUGCUGCUCUACCGGCGGAGACCCGAGAUCGGAGGUGAGCUGGGCGGGCCGCGGACUUCCAAGCUGCUCACAACCUCACUCUUUAUCCUCCUCUGGCUCUUGUACAUAUUCUUCUCAUCUCUGGAAGCCUACUGCCACAUAAAGGGCUUCUAAAGGGACAAUCAGAGAUAGUAAAUAUAUAUAUAUCUAUAUGUAUCUAUAUAGAGUGAUAUAUAGGUAUAGAUAUAGAUAUAACGCUGUGUAUAAUGAACAGAGAAAGAAUAAAAGAGAUUUGCCAUGUUCACACACCUGCUGACGGAAAGCGGCUUUGGAGCAUCCUUUGAACUAGGCAGGACCCCAAAGCCAGCAGGACCCCUCCCCGGGCAGCCGCCCCGGCCAGGAGCCCGGCGGCACGGCCCUCUCUGCAACUCUACCAACAAGAGCGGCUGGUAGCCACCGAGCCCUUUCCCAUCGCUCUCUCCUGCCCGCCGGCCCCCCCCUCCCCGCCCUGGGAGGACGGAUGCGAAGGUGACCAGGGCGCGUCGGUCCGGGGAAGGCCAGAGUAGCUGGUGAGAAGCAGAGCAGUGGGCGAGGGAAGGAGAGGAAAGCGAGGGUCCUGAUGUCCGACCACCAUCCGCCUGCCUUCGCCACUUGGGAACGUCCCCUCUGGCCCUGUUGGAGAGAGAAGCGAGAGACCGGACUGAAGACAAGGGGGAAAUUGGGAGCUUUCUAAGGAUAGAACACAAACCGUUUUCGUCAUUGAUUUGGGAUUAGUUUGGGGUUUUUUUUGUUUUGGCGUGUGUACAACUAGCCUUUCCUCCCCCCCCACCCCGCCUCCAACAUACCCCUUGCCUUUCCCCCUCCGUGCUUCGGGGAUGCGCAGCUGCAACCUCGUGUCCGGUGUCCUACGCCGAGGCUGUGCGGAGCGGCGGGAGCCUUCCUCCUGCCUCCUCCGCCUCCUCGGGCAUGCUGUCGUGGUACUUGUAACAUUUGCAUGAAUGAAAUGAACCCUAUCUGUAUAUAGCAUCCUAUAGCGAUAGUCCUUCCAGCCAUGUGGGUUGAGCAUUGCAGAUACAAGUGUUUUCUUUUCACUGGGUUUUAUUUAUUUCAGUUAGUUUAUUUUCGCCAUAGGUUUUUAUUUGUUCGUUUGUUUGUUCGUUUGUUUGUUUCCUCUUAGUGGGGUUAAAAGGAGGGAAAACCGUCCCCGUUCAUUGCUCCGCGCAGGGGUCCCCGAGAAGCAAUAAUAGCCACACAGAUGUAGGUUUUUCAGGGGAGGAAAACCCACAGCCCGGAGAGUGCAGGCUCCGUCCCCCCACGGGGCCGGGGUCCCCCCCCCAACAGCAGCCAGUCCAGAACAUGCUGAAGCCAGCGUGAAAGCCUCCUCUAUCCCCAGGAGGUCCUUACGCAAGGUCCCAGGGAGCCCUGGUGGGAUGAGCAGUGUCCAAGCCCAAGGGGGACGAGCACGGCUCAGCCAGCACUUCGCCUGCCUCUGCCUUUAUAGCCGGUGGCUGCCUCAAAGCCCCUUGGCCCCCUGUGUCCCCAGAGGUCGAGUGACAGCCCCUGUUGCUGAGCGUUAAGCCAUCAGGAUCAGUCCCCAAAGCUGAUCCUUUCCCACAGCCAUUAGGAGGCAGAAUAAUUCAGCGUUAAGGGCUGAAGGGCCGUAACGAGAUCUCCCCCCACGCUGCUGAGCGUAACUGGGAAGCGUCCCCCAAGGAAAAAAGGCCAAGUUUUGCACUGUCCGAACCUGGAAUCGAUGGGAGGGAUGAGAGAGGGCAGCGUCAUUCAGCAUCACCCCCCGACUCCAGCAGCGCGGGCUGGGGGUAGCCGGCCGAGGCCAGGGAGGUGUGGAUGCGGAGGUCCCCUGGGCGCAGCGCAAGGGGUGACAUUGUGCACUGGUGUUCUGGAGAGACGUCUCCUUACCCCACGCCCAUCACCAGGCUUCCUGGCAUCCCAGCCAGGUGAAUGCCCAUCCUGCACGUCCACCGGUCAGCUCUUCCCACCCAGCUGGAAACCACAUCUGGACCUUGUACCGUAACCAAUUGGCUGGGGUUGUUUGUACUCAUUUUGAACAAUCUGUGGAAGUUUUAAUUAACCUAAUGUAAGAUCUUCUCCAGGAGUAUGAAGUUGUGGGAUUAUUCUUAUUUUUUUCUUCUCAAGCCUUUUUUUCACUUUUGAUGCGUUUUGGGGGUUUUCUUUUUCUUUCUCGUUGUUUUGGGGGAAGAAUCAAACGCAGGCGCAGGUUGUUCAGGUUUAUGAUUACCUUUAUGUACAAUUAUUUCAUUUUCAUCUGUUUGGCUUCAUUGAUUUUUCUUUGUGUGUAUUGCCCACCAUUAUAGGCAGUGAGUCCACUAAUUGUGAUGAUCCUUAUCAAUGGUACACAAUGCACAAACAAAUAAAGUUUGUAAUGAUUCCUGAUGGAUCCAGUAGUGCUCCUGCAUAUUCUCUAUGGAAAACCCUUCCCUCCCCUCCCGUUGUCUCUCUUUACGUUGUACCCAUCUCUUCUUUACUCAUUGGUUUGCCUUCAUUGUGUCUCUGACGCUGACGGGGGGGGGGGGGGGCAACGGUGCCUCCACCCACCCACUCUUGCCCCAUCUCACGGCUUUGCUCCUGCUCCAUCUCCAUCGUGCCUUGGGCUCGGUGUGCUGCCAGGGCUCGCAGCCCGCCCGGCUCUCAGGGGGGAUGCAGGAAACCACCCAGGGACAAAGCCGCCGUGCAGCCCUUCUGGGAGCUCUUUUGCUGGGUCCCCCAUCGGUGCUGGCUUGCCCUAGGCUGGGGGAGAGCCGUGUAUAUGCCCCCAAGGUACUCGGCAGCUCUUUCUGCUUGUGUCCUCUAGUCAUAUAGAAACGCUCCUGCUCUUGUUCCGCCCUCGCGGUGACUUGCCCUAGGUUAAGCCACAAGCUGAUGAUAAGUGGGAAUGCAAGAGAUGCAUUGCUGGGGCAGGGUCCAAAGCAGAUCUGAGACACACCAUGAGGUCGCCAAGCAAACUAGGAGCUCCGGCUGCUCCGGGCAGCUGCCUGCCCAUACCCCAGUCUAGUUGCCAUGGGCCGUCUCUGACCCACAUGUCUCAACAGAGCUCAGCCAGCAACUGAGGAGGGGAAAAGUCUCUGCGCGGCCCAGGGAUGUCACUCCUCCCUGGGCUUCACCCAGCAUCUGUUGAGCUGUCCCCAAAUAAACCCUCCCCGUGAUGCUUCCAAGGUGCUGCGCUGACAGCCGAACUCAGACACCAGCCCUGGAGAGGGGUCCCAGGAAAGCGCUGCCUUCACCUGGUGGGGCUCUCCCUGCUCUUCCCGGGGGGGCACGUCCGCCUGGGCGUACGCUCCCGGGCUCCUGCCCGCACUCCUGCCCAUCUUCACGGGGCAUCAGCAGCAGCAUCUGGCUUUCGAGCUGCAGGCUAGAAACGUGCCGCCGAGCACCAAGAGAGAGGGGUAGGAGGUGGCUGCUUUAGUUUUGCAGCACGACUGUGUCUGCGGAAGCCCAGAGGCGGCAGAAUUCCCGUCUGGCCACCGCGAGGGGAUGCGUGGCAGAGCAGGUAACUCACGUGCCCCGGCAGCCAGAGGAUUUAACGUGGUCUCUGGGCUGCUCCCACGCAAACCCGGCCCUUCCCCACACCCUACGCUGCUUUUGGCAGCCUUGCAACGACCCCACUCUCCCUGCGGGUGCUCAGCACCCUCCAGGAUGAGCGCGGGUCAAGCUUCAGUGCUCAUCAAGCCCCAGGCAAACGGGUCACAGCCCCAAGCAGCCGGUCACAUCGGUGUGCUUUUCCCAGGCAGUGAAUUAAUGAAAGCAAAGCAGCUCUCCUGACCCAAUAAUUACAUCUACUGAAAGGUGAUGUUGGCAUUUUACUCUCGUCAUUUGCUUUUUCAGAAUGAAUUGCAGUCGCUAAAGUCAUUAACAAGUCGAACGGGACUUGUGUAGCAGCUCGCUUUAACAGGCAGUAAAUAACUGUUCUGCUCACAGAGCUUUCCAAAGGGAAUGAUGGAGCACUGCUUGAUUAGGACAAGGCCUAAAUCACACAGUAAACACCAGCCUUGUUUAUGCACUUUGUUCUCUGCCAGCCAUGUGCUUUUCGGCAUCUUUAACGAGCUUAUGCGAAGCCUGCCAUGUGUUUGCCCGGUUGCUCCUGGAGGAGCCACGGAUGCGCAGCGAGCCUUUUCCCUGGCUGCUGCCUUGCCGUGCCAGGGAGGGAAGGACCACUCCACCCAGCCCUGGUCACCCACCCGUGUCCGCAACGCCUGCUCCUCUGCACCAACCUCCUCUUUAAACCAGACCUUCCGAAGGCAAAAGCCUGCGCCUGGCCGCACGCUGCCAGGGAGCAGAAGGAGCACAGCCUGGCUCUUCGGUCCCCUCUCUGGUGCCAGUGCUCUCCCAUCUCCUCCUCGUCCCCGCCAGCCUCCUCCCCACCCUCCCGUCACAAGGGAAGGGCAUCGAGCAUCUCUGAUAAAGCCCCGGGCUCAGGGAGUUGCCAGAAACAGCACUUCAAACCGUCUGCCUCAGUCCAUCCGCCUGCCCUCACCCCCUCUCAUCACUCCACUAGCCAAAGGCAAGCCUUUCCACGGAAAAGGAUGCAGCACGGUGCAAAGGACAUUCAGAGGUGGACACCCAAAUAACUCAAUGGGCCGCUGCAAAGCGCUUGGGGACAAAGGGAAGGAGCACACGGAGCAGCCGCAGCCCUGAGCAUCUUAUCAAAACCAUACCGCCAGCUCUCCAGGGACCAACAGUGGAGGAGGCCAAUCCCAGCCACAACCCGAACACACGGAAAAGGUGCAGAAGAGCCAGGACUCUGCAGGUCCCCGAUGUCAGCGGAAGCCACAAACCUGCAGCAUCUCAGGGCUGAGCCGACCCAAGGUGCCACCACCCGCCCGCGCCUCUACCAGGGCACUGCGGGGACCGCUCGCCCCAGAGAUGCGGAUCCCUCGUCUGGAGAUGACAACACACCCACCCCUGUGUCACCCAUUUCCAGGCAGCCCAUGGUGGUUCUGGGGCAAGGGGAUAUCACCAAGAGUCAUUUGUGCAUCUUUCCCCCCACUUUCAUCGCUUCCUUAAAGGACAAAAGGGAAAAGGGAGGCGUUGAGCCCUUUCUGGUCACGAGUCUGGAUGCGGUGUAUAAACUCACCGUGCUAUUUCUGCUACGGGCAGGGAGGGGAGAACCAGAGCCUGUGUGUUAUUGUUACAGCUAUUUUUAAAUGCUUCGGUAGCAAUCAAGUGCAACAGUAUUGGGGGCCAUAUACGUACCUAAGGAGGAGGCUCAGCUGCAUUCCCGGAAGGGCAAGAGCCAGGCAUAGCCAGGAAGUGACAGAAAGAGCGAAAACUUAAUGCUGGAGGGUGUUAUUCCAGGAAAAAACCCUGUAUUAUUUUUCCCUAGGCUCUUUGGCACCCGGGCCCAUCUGGGGAAGCAUGUUUGCAGAGCACCAGGAACCCCCCUGGCCUCUCUGGCGUGGGAUGACCGACCACACACACACGCAUAUGCAUGCCCAGCACAGCUGCAGAAAAGCCUGUUUAUCUUGUAAAAAAAAAAAAAAAAAAAAAAAGGACUUGCGCAGGAAAGCAUCCAGAGGCAUCUGUAUUCUUGCAAAAAGCACCAAGGGACAAUAAAUACAGUGAGAUUCCUCACCUUUUAAGGACUUGAGCCUUCCUCCUUUUGGAACUGGAGGUGCCGAGAGCCUCUGGCCAGCCAGCAACACCCCUCACGCAGAGGGAAGGGACACUGCAAAGGAAAGGGGCCUGUCUGGCUUUGUUAUCAGCGAAGAUAGAUAGCCAGAAGAUUGCUGUUACCAGCAGGAUUUGCCGGCUACGGCACAUUCCUGAGAGCAUUUGAGGGGUCUCCGCGGGGUCUUGCUGUCUCUGGAGCAUCCGGAGAACGGCCAGCCCUGCCCCUCAGCGCCCAGUGCCCCCGGGGUGGCUCAUCGUUCCCUCCUGCUGGCCCUGCACCCUGCCUUGGCUCCUUCCCACCCUCCCUGGGUGAAUGCCAGCUUGGGGCUCCCCUCCCUGGAAGGGCGAAGGAAGGCACUGGGGUGAAUGCUGUUCCCGAAGCAGGGGCUGCGGAGCACUGCCGGGCGGCGGAGCCGGGUGCUGCCGGUGGGAUGUCCGGCAUCAGAGGGCAUGGGGAAGGGAGAAGUGCCCUGGAGUCCCACCCAGACCUGGAAACCCUCUUUUAGGCACUGCCAUGGCAUAUUCCCCCUGCCCCAGCUGCCCUGGCUGCGGGCACGCAUCUUGAUUUCUGCACAGCUAUAGCGCAGCCUCCAGCUUCUUUGCCUGUCUGUGGGCACCAACCCCAGGCUUUAUUUUUGUCUAUUUGAUUCAAAAUAGCCCUCGAUCUGUUGUACCGCGCUACGGCACCUCUCCGCCCCUCCCCGCAUACACCCCCACCCCCAACAGUGUGAGUUCUAGGUAGCGGUGGGAAGGACCACUAACGAGGCACCAAGGACCAUAUGCGACCUGAGGUUGGGAUCCUCCGGCAUCCGCCUGGAGCCAUCUCAAGGCCACAGAAUGGCCGUCUGCGCGCAAUGAUAGGCCAACUGUGGGCUUGCUCUGCACUGGUAUCCUCUUUGGAGCCUCUCCGCAUGCCCUCUUCUUCAGGCUCCCUGCAGAGGAACCUUCUCCGUCCCUCCUUCUCCACAACCAGGGGCUUCCCAUGUGCGACAAGGCUCCUCUCUCACUUGACCCAACAGCAACACUUGUUAGCUCAGGUUUGCUGCCUGUAUCUCAGGGCAAAGAUUACCCCCUCCAAAAGAUGUCUUGGACUUGAGCCCCUGCAAGCGAAGGACCGUGCCAUUUUCCACGCAGCAGAGGCAAACGUCAGCGUGCUGAGCUCUUCUGCUCAUCACCCAGGCACCAUUACAGCCACGACUCACAGGCCCUGGUUUUAUUGUGCCGCUAUGCUUCACUCAUGGGUUUUUGGAAGACUAAACAUUUCUGCUGAAUUUCCACUGUUAUCAAGUCCCACAGAUGCUCCACUCCACCCCCCACCACCACCCCAACCCUGCCUCUACACUUCCAGAGCAAACUAAUUGCUUUAGCUGAGGGUUUAAGGUCCACUCCGACACCUUUCUUUCAAAAUGGACCCUGUUCUUGGUGCUCUAAAUAUUCUGAAACUUAUCUACUUGCCUAUAAAGCCUUCCUGCCUCUGCUUAAAAUGGCUAGAGUCUAAGUCAAGCAACUUGGAACAGCUUGGGAUGCUUAUCCACCCUCAGAGCUCCUCAACCCUUGCAGGACACGGAGGACCAUCACGGGGCCUCUCCCUCUGCACUCCUGACCUCUCCAUUGAGGUUGGAUUUAUUUCUUCUCCUUUAUUCCUAACUCAGAGGAGUCCCUUGCAGACGACGGCAGGGUGAGACCUGCACGGGGUAAAGCCUUGCUCUGUUCUCUUGAUGAAAAUUGCCAUGGCAGUCCACGGCACUGUCAGCACCGGGAGCGUGUGCCCCCUGCCCCAGCCCUAGGUGGGCUCCUCGCUUGCAGAAACCUGAGUUUCUGGCAGAUGAGCUUCUUUGCAGAGAUCCUUAGAAAUGUGGAGAGCUGCUGAGGGACUGUAAAAUCGCCGCGCUAGCGCAGGACAGAUCGGAUCCUGGUGGUGCAAAUGUGUCCCGGGUUGCUGCUGGGCUUAUUUGGGAGCGUUCAUGAAAGCUUUUGCCAACUAGCGGCUUUGUAACUCCCGGGGAUGCAGGAGCUGCACAACCCGAUUUCUCCUUGCUCGGUGUAACGCUGAGAUGGCUCCCUUACCCCUUGCUUUCAGCUGUAGCCUGCUGCGUCUCCCUGGCCUUGCCCGGCAACAAGAGCUGUCAUUAGAUGCCCCUCGGCUGAACUCCCGCCGUACAGAUGAAAAUGAACUGAUGCCUGUUUUCUCUCCAUUUGUUUGCCCCAUGUUGCUCCCUUCAUCUUCCGAGCUCUUGAGAAAACGUGCUCCCGCGGCAAGCCGUGCGGGAGACCCGCUCGUCUGGCUCUUAAUCAGGAAACAGGCACUGCUCCUGGCAGCUCCAGAGAGCAAAGGAUUGCGAUAAUACCUUUUACAUUAGAGUCGCUCUGUUAGCAAGCAAGAAAACGUCAUUUAUGUGUUCCCUGGUGACAACUCAGCUUCUGACAACACUUGUCCAGCUUCUUUUUUCCAUAACGCGUUAAGCAUAGGGAGCCACAGCUCUGCAAAUAACCCAGCUUUGAGGACCGCCUGUUGAGGACUUUUUUCAGCAACCCAGCAAAGCGGUGUUAUUUGUGGAUGAAGGGGAGAAGUUGGUGACUUCUUCUAAGCUUCCUAGGUCCUGCUGGAAGAAGCACACACGUGCUGGUAAAAGCCACAAAAUGCCGAGUUUGGUACGACGCAGCCCCCUGUAUCCUGGGUCUCUGUGCCGAAGAGACACGGCAAGAGGUUGUAAAAUCAAAACCAUGACUUCCUGAAGACCACCCAGCAGUGAUGGGCAUCUUUAUACCUGCCACUGUCCUUAGGACACCCGGAGAGGUCUCUGAUCCGCCUGGUGUUCACCUCAUCAAGCAAGAAGGAGGUGGAGGACACCACGCACUACCUCCCCCCGCCCCAACACAGAAGCCCCCAGCAUAUUCCCAGCAAGAAGCAGUCAGAGCGCCAGGGAGCACAGCUGGCACCAGGACUGCUCACAUGUCUCAAAGGCAGCAGGUUCCCCGUGGGACUCUCUCCUCGCUGCUCUCCACAGCGCUGCCCGCAGCUCAGCAUCCUCUCCUUCGGCUCGGCCUGGGCUGCCCCUGCUUCUGCAGGAGAGCAUCAGCCUUGAUUUCAGUCAGAGAGGGAACAGCCGUAAUAUCCUGAAGAAGAGGGAAAUGAGAUGAGAAUUAGUCAAAAAAACCCAACAGUCGCAGUAAUUUAGAACCAUUACUAAUUGUUCCGCUGUAAUUAAGUGGUCCGGUUAUCUCGAUGCUCGAGUGACCACUCCAGUUCUCAAAAGCCAUUUCCGCACACUUGAAACGUGGGGACAGCAAGCGCUCCUCCUUCUGGAGUAGAAAACGGGCUGUUGCUACGAGCUCGGAGAGGAGGCAGAAACGCAUCUGUCUUGGCAGAGACGUAAUUCCGAUCAGCAGCUUCUUCCACUCUCCCGCUCAGGCGCGGAGGGAAGCGCAGGCAGGGAGCUGGCAGCUGCCCGCGCAGCCUGUGCUGGGGGUGCCGGCUGCUCCCCACGGGUGAGGCAGCCCGAGGGGGGUUUUCAAUCAGUUUUUCAAUGGCAGGACACAGGAGAGAAAGAGCUCAAAAUGACUCGCCGGCCCUAAUAAGCGAGGGGGACGGCUAGUGGGUGGAUGCAUCCCCCGAGGCACGGCAGGCAGCCGGCGCGGUGCUGGGGCGCAGGCAGCCCGGUGGGCACCCCGUGGUGUGGCGGUGGCUGGGGACGGCACUGCCCGGGCAAGACUGUCCUCUGGUAUUCUUGAUGUGCUGGAGCAUGACAAUGAUGCACUCCAAAAAUGAUGGCUCACGCUUUCCUGCUGUCCCCUUUCUCCUGCCCAGCCACACACCGCCCUCACCCACCACCUCCUGUGUCACCUGUCAUCCUGUGCGUCCUCCCCCCUCCUGGCCGCAGGGCACUCUAGGGCAGACAGACAUCUUUGUGCAAACCCUGCUGAGAAAGAGAGAGAGAGAGAGAGAGAGGAGAUCUCCGACAGCCCAACGUGCCACCCAGUCCCCAUGAUGGGGACCGGGCAGGAAGACCCCAGCUGGGCAGAGCCAAAUUUUUGCCAAAGCAGGGCUGAAAGGAGAGUUUGAAGAAGGCUUGCCUGGAGAUAGAAACCAGAGUACAGGUCAUAAACUCAACCCCACCUUCCCUCUUGCCGCCUGGCUCCACGAGCCGGCGCUGCCCGGCCGUGCAAAGCCCCUGUGCCGGUGGGUGGCCCCAGGCUCCGCCACCGAAGCCUCCCCCCAUCUCUCUGUCUCUCUCAUGGUUUCUCGUAAGUUCAAUGGCACAAUGCAGCUACACUAUUUGAAAAGCCAUAAUAUUUGUGGGUACGACUCUUUUAUUACCGUCGAUUUAUAUAUAUAUUUGUUGAUAAAAGAGGUCAUCUUGGGAGACGCUCGUAGUCUACUGGGAAAUAAUUAUCCGAUGCUGUAUAUUCUGUACAUGCUGUAUAAACAAAGCGAAAUAUUUAAAUCGAAAUGUUGGGUGGACUCGGUGGAAGGGGAGGUUGGGAUCAGGCGAGCCCCUUCCUUGGGCCACCCCGGGCUCAGGCUCGGGGUCCCCGGCAGAGUCACCAUCCCGCCGGGAUCUCGGCUAAAGCAGGAUCCGGCCACGGCGCGAGGGCGAAGCCUGCGGCUCCCUGGGUGCUUUUUUUCCCACGGGGAAGGUGAAAGGAGACGGCUUUGUGGGCAAAAAGCAGCCGUGCUCGAUCUCCCUCCCGGGGCAAAGCAGAGGACUGGGUAAGGGCUUUGUCUGCCAUAAGCUACCGAGCACGGCAAGCCCGCCAUCGCCCGCCCGCUCCCCUCCGCUCCUGCCCGGGCUGGGAGCCCUUCACCCGCCACCCAGCGCCACAUCUCUCAGCCUUACGGUCACAGAGAGACGGUUCCCCGCCGAGGGGAUACGUCCGGCAGCGGCACAGGCUGGCUCCCAGCAUCUGGCUCCUCCGACUCCUUUCCGUGCUCAUCCCCUGCCUCGGCGCCAGACGCCCUUCCCCGGCGCGUCGUACGGCAGCGGCCAGCUGUGAUCUUCUAACCUGACACACGCUGUUAGAAAACUUGUUUCAUGUUUUCUGUGGUAUCGAUCUACGACUUUUGAAAUCAUUGGAGACAGUUGUGGUAGCCUAAAAAUUGUGCUGAGCUCAUAUAUUUUUAUAUUUGUGGUGUUUUCCUAUUAAAUAGAGAGUAGUGAACUAGUAACCCUAUAGCUGAAAGUGAACUAUUCAAAAUAAAUAUACGACUGCGGAAAAUAUUUGUAAAAAUAAUUUAUUUGAAAUAUUCUGCCAAAGAUAGCUCUCUAAUGAUCUGUAAAAUGUCGUUUCUCUCUUUUCGCUCUGAAUGUCAUUGUGAAAGCACCUUUCUCCCCACUAUCUUUUGAAGAUUUGCUUUUUUGUAUCUUUAAGGGCAAAGAAAUAGGCCAAUAAUUUUUUUUUUUACCGGAGCAGUAAAUAGGGUAGUAGGGAGAGGCACGAGACACCUUUAUAAUGGUGAUAAACGGGAUCCAGUAACAAUCACUCCGACAACCCGGUUUCUCCUGUAGUUCCUCUGGUGGACAGGUGGGUUUUGGAGCCCGGGAUGUUCUCCAGAAGCUCUGUCUCCUCGUUAUUUACAAGGCCAAUGCCUUUAUUAGCCCCAUAAUAAGCGCCAUGGCAGGUGGGUGACCCUGGCUCGGGGCUUUGCGGGGCUUCAGCCUGACAAGGUCGGGUGGCUCCAAAGCCAUUCCCGCAAUGCCGCCCGGAUCCGUCCCCGUCCCCGCAUGGGGACAGGGGAGACCCAGCCACCGCGGGACACGAUACCUUAGCAAGAGGAUCAGUCCCUGCGGGGACGCAGUUAAACAGGGGCACGUACGGCCCUUUACCAGGGCGAAGCUGACCAGAUUAGUCUGUUUGGAAUUUACAAAUGUAUUUAUUUUUUGUUAAUAGGGGAAAAAAACCCCACUCUUAUUACCCUUCUUCAUUUCUUCCUCUCAAAAGAAAUUUUCAAUGCUAGGAAAAGCCUUCAUUAUCUUCUGUGAUCCCCGAGUCUGUUGCAGUGGAAAUACAUCCUCAGCCACGUCCGUUCGGCUCCACCGUAUCAGAGAGAUUUUUUGGCUCAGGUUUUGGUGGGGGGUUUGGUUUUUCCCCCCCCCCCGCUUCGGAGCGGAUUUGUAGUUUCUUCAAAUUCUCAUUCGCGAAAAUCCGGAGGAAUUAAUUGCUAAUAAAGAAACAAGGGCCCAGCGAAGGGGCUUCCGGGCGCGACUCGGCUUCGGGCUCGCCCAAGGUCAGGCAGGUGCGGUGAGUAAAUGCUUCGUGGGGCCUUGGCGCCCAGAAGCGGCGAGGGGCAAUGCCAUUCCCAAGCCGCCAGCAGCGCCGUCCGGUGUCUCCGGUGCGGCUGUCCGGAGCGGGUGGCACGGUCCGCGGCCACGGGAACCCCGUGCCAGGCAGUUUCUGUUCCGCCCUGCAAAACGAGCCCGCCGAAUCCGGGGUUCCCAUCACCGGGAAACGCGAGCGAGCCGGGGAAAGACAAUUGUGAGAAGAAUUGGGUUUCUGAUCACUGUGCAUUUUGUUAAUUAGUGAAUUCAAAUAGUUUUAUUUUUACCAAAAUACAGAUAAUCUUUAUUCCAGUAAAGACAACUGUUGACUUGAGAGAUAUAUAUAUAUAAAUAUAUAUAUUAUUUGAAUGGUUUAUAUCCCGUUGCUCUAACUGCAUAAAAUGGAAACAUGUUGCAAGUUGUGUCAUUCCGAUGUACAAAAUAAAUGACUUUCCCCUGCAUGCUGCCUGGGUAUGUUGUGAUUUGAAUUACGAGUUAUAUUUGAAUUGCCUUAUUCAAGAGGUUGUGUGUUACCUAACUGGGGAAUGACCUGGCACUGUUCAUCACAUUACAUGUGUACUUGAUGCUGUGUUAUGUCAAAUUCAGAUGAGAAGUCUGUCAUCUCUGUAUUUUGUGGGAGACCUUCUAUCUUGUUAAACUGUGAUAUGUAAACCUCUCAUUGCCUGAAAUAGUCAGAGUUGUAUAAAUCAGUGUCUUCAGCUCCUUUCCUAAUUUUAUCACAUUUCCUAACACAAAAUAUAGAUGUUUGUAAAUUCUUCA